AUGGGCAAGCUCAUCAAGAACCACUGGGCCCGGCUCAUUAUCCUCACGGCUGCAAUCUACCAAGUGGCCGCUGCCAUCGAGGGCUUCUUCUGGCCCAAGAUCUUCUGGGAUUUUAUCACGCGAAACCUUGACGCGGCCGUCAGGCCCGUGCCCGUCUUGCAAAUCAUCAACCUCCUCUUUGGCCUCGGCCUGCUCGCUCUCGAGUGGCCCCUCGGCUUUGUCGCCGGCACCGGCCUUCACCGCUCCCUCGAGUUCCGGCUGGCCGUCUUGCCGCUGACGGCGCUGGCCUCGGUGCUCAUGUACCAGUCCACCAACUCGGCCAUCUACUACAUGAUCGGCAUGGGCGCCUACUUUUGGGCCUACAGCGAGGGCGAGAUGAUUUGCGCCAAGCCCUGGACCCUGCCGCAGCGAGAGGUGCGAGGAGGCAUGGGCCUCAAGGCGUAA